AUGAGGCAGCCUACCACACUUUCGCCCCGGAAACCGACCAAAGGACCAUGGUCAAAAGCAGAAGAUAGGCAACUUGUCCUCGCCCGGAGAGUAUGCGGUUCAAGCUCGUGGACAGCAAUUGCCAUACAAAUGCCUGGACGAUCGGCGAAGCAAUGCCGCGAACGCUAUCAUCAGAACCUGGACGAGAACCUGUGUCACGACCCGAUCUCCCCUGCCGAAGGGCAAUGGAUAAUCGAAAAUGUUUCGCGCCAUGGCAAGCGUUGGGCCCAUCUUUCGCGACUUAUGGGUAACCGCAGCGACAAUGCCAUCAAAAACUGGUGGAACGGG